CGAAGAAAAACAUUGAAACCUUGGGUAUUAUUUUCCGACUGAAUCCGAACAUGACGACCUACUUCUGAAAGAUGCUUUUUGUUAGGUUUUGUUGUGAUCGUUAAUUUUAAUUUUGGAGCUGUAAGAAUCUUGGAAGUAAAAAAAUAAAGUCCUUUAUAUGACAAAAAACGCAAACGAUAUGAAAGAUUGAUUUUCCAUGAGGGAGAGAAAUCCAGAAGCCUUUUGGUAGAAAUAAAGUUCAUGAAAUAGUAAAUUCCAAUAUAUAUUUACAUUUGGAAAUAUUCCAAAUUCUUGCUGUGACACACUGACAACCCUGUCAAGAAUAUAUUGGUUUUAACGCUGUUUUAUUUAAAAGAGUUCUUAAAAUGGCAGCAGGAGAGGGGGUUAAGAAAAUUGUUCUGCUUUCAUGCGGCUCGUUUAAUCCUAUUACAAAUAUGCACCUGAGAAUGUUCGGUAAGUUUUGUAGACUUGUAUAUUGUUGUUCUUUAGAAAUUAGAACUUCCGGUGCAUUUAUCGCGGUUUUCCCUCCCGGAAAAUGUGGCAUGUCCGUCCGUUUAUGGCGUCCUUUUUGGCACAGUUUUGCAAAUCACAGCUAGUGUUGUAACUGCAUUACAUACUUGGUGUAUGUUGGAGUGGGGAUAGAUUUACUGGGGGGUGGGGGGGGGGGUGGUGCAGGCGGUGGGGUUGCAGGCAGUACACAGCCUUCUUGGUCUUAUCAAAUCCAUUUUUUGGAUUCAGAAAGCACUUACAAGAAUACAAGAACAAAUAUAAAUUAACAUGACUGUGAAAUUGUCAAAAGAAAAAUGCUGAGAUCAAGAUUACAGACUGGUAACUAGUGCCUUGCUGUUGUAGCCGAUCCCUCCAGCCUCGUACCCAGGCGCUAAAAAUGGGCACACUACAGUGUUAUUAUAUAGAUCAGUGGCUCGAGCGCGCGGGGAUGCUUGGGGAGGACGCAUUUUGCAUCCUCCCCAAGCACCCCCGCGCGCUCGCUCAUCUUAGCCACUGAUCUAUAUAAAAAAACUGUAGUAUGCCUAUUUAUAGUUAAUUGCGCCUGGGUAAGAGGCUGCGAUCCCUCCCUCAACGGUCACACCCUGAACCAUGACCAAAGCUUGAUGAACAGCUCCCCUACCAGAUCUGCCUGGAUCCAUCCCUGUGUUGGGGUAAACUUGGUGACCUUGGUUUUGAAAUAUAGGACAAACAGAUACUUGUUUUUGGAAUUCAUUUUCCAAUUUCUACAAAAAAGUUUUUUUUGCAUAAAUUGGAGACCCUCAACCUUAAUCUUCACAGACUGCUCUUCCAAACUGGUGGUUUGGUUAUAUCUAUAUCUAUCACUUCCUGUCAUUCUCCUUAACUGUAGUACAUGUUAUAAACUGAUAAUAAGACUAGUUACCACACUCUAAUUCACCCUUUCCUGUACAAGUCUGCAAGAUUUCAGAGGUUUGUGAAGCUAAUUAACAUGUGCAUUAUCAACAUUCAGAACUGGCAAGGGAUGCACUUCAUAGAACUGGAUUAUUUUCUGUUAUUGAGGGAAUUAUAUCUCCAGUCAAUGAUGACUAUGGAAAAGUAACUACAAAGGUAAUAUUAUAUCUGCAUGCGUUUCAGAACAGCCACCUUUAAUUGUCUCUGAGAUCAUUUCUAUACUAAAUUAUAUCUCACUAUAUCGACAUUGGGAAAAAUUUAUUUAAAGUCAUACGUCCCAUUAUUCUCAAAGUGUGCAUUGAAAUAGUUUUUGAACUGUUAUACUAAAUUGGAAAGGAGCUGACCUUUUGUACUUCAAAAAUUUCAGAAACUUGCUCCUGGACAUCAUAGAUUAAGUAUGGCAGAACUAGCAACAAAAACGUCUGAUUGGGUACAGUAAGUUAUAAGCAUACUUUCUGGUAAUUCAUCAUUAUUGAUGUCUAUUACAAUAAACACCAAAAAAAAUUUUUCUGCUGACUAUACUCCUGAUUCUUCCUAGUGUUGAUGAUUGGGAAGUGAAACAAAGCAACUGGAGACAAACAUUGAAUGUUCUAAAUCACACAGAAGAAACAACACAAAAAAAAUAUUCAGCAUCCGACAGCAAUGACGUUCCGCAUGUGAAAUUAUUGUGUGGUGGUGAUCUCUUAGAGUCUUUUGCAGUACCAGGAUUGUGGAAGGAGGAACAUGUAGGUUUGAACAAAGUGUUGUUGGAGUUGAUUUAGGAAAAAUGUUCAGUAAAUCAGCCAGUCAGCUUGUACAAUAUGUACGGUACUAGACAGGUGGUCAAUGCAUCUAACAUUUUUGCCUUUGUUUGAAUUUAAAUUAACCUUUAGUUGUAAUUUUAUUAAAGUUAUAUUAAUGUGGUGGGCUUGUAGUAUAACCAUGCAAGUUAUACAUGACAUGUCAAACUUUAUCAGAAAAUUAUUGAUUAUAAUGGACAAAUGUUUAAUAAGCUGUAGAAGAAAUAAGUAUUUCAAUAAUCUUAAUGUCAAUCUCCCCACUACUCUAUGUAGACACUUUGACAAAGUCCUGUUCUCAUUUUGCCAGAUGGCUGCAAUUGUUCGAGAUUAUGGUUUAGUUGUUAUUACAAGACAUGGGUCAGAUCCUGAGAAAUUUAUUUAUGAAUCCGAUCUUCUUACAAGUUACAAGGUAAGACAAUCCUGUUGUGUUUCUCAGCUUGACUUCAAUUUGUGUAUGUCAUACUCGCUACUUGUUGUUAUUGUUAUCGUGAUUGUUGUUGUUUUGUUGCUGGUGAUGGUUGAUUUCAUACCUAAUUUUUUUCAUUUAAGUUAUCAGUUAGUAUUCAUUUAUUUUUCUCUAUGAUUUAGAGUAACAUAUUGAUAGUGAAGGAAUGGAUUUAUAAUGACAUCAGUUCAACCAAAGUGAGGUAAUUCUGAUGGAUCUUGACGGAUCAUCAAUCUUCAGUAUAAGUUGGGGAGAUGAGCUGACAGAAACAUUUGAUAUAUUUUGCAGACGUGCCUUGAGACGUGAUGAAAGUAUUAAAUAUGUUGUAUCUGACCCUGUCAUUGAAUACAUUGGAAAACAUGGCUUGUUCAAGGUAAUAUCAUGA